CAAGGCUGCACGGAGCAGCCGCGGGCCGGGCCCAUCCCGCCGCAGCAGUCCCGGGGCGCAGUAGAGGUGAGGCGGGUGGGGGCCAGCAGUGCACAGAGAGCCCCAGAACGCCGCCAGAAUGGUGUUGGAAGGAAACCCUGAAGUGGGAUCCCCCCGAACCUCAGACCUCCAGCACCCUGGGAACAAGGGCUCUUGCAUCCUCUCUUCUCCUGGUGAAGAAGCACUGGCAGGCGAGGAACCCAUCAAGUAUGGUGAACUCAUCGUUCUGGGCUACAAUGGGUGUCUGGCAAGCGGAGACAAGGGCCGCCGCCGAAGCCGCCUGGCACUGAGCCGCCGGCCACAUGCCAACGGAGUGAAGCCAGAUGUCAUGCACCACAUCUCCACACCACUCGUCUCCAAGGCCCUGAGUAACCGAGGCCAGCACAGCAUCUCAUACACACUGUCCCGGAGCCACUCAGUCAUAGUGGAGUACACACAUGACAGCGACAAAGACAUGUUUCAGAUUGGCCGCUCUACUGAAAACAUGAUUGACUUCGUGGUAACAGACACAUCUCCUGGUGGAGGGGCCACAGAGGGCCCUUCUGCCCAAAGUACCAUCUCCCGCUAUGCCUGCAGAAUCCUCUGUGACCGCCGGCCACCCUAUACUGCCCGAAUCUACGCUGCUGGCUUUGAUGCCUCUAGCAACAUUUUUCUUGGAGAGCGGGCAGCCAAGUGGAGGACUCCUGAUGGUCUGAUGGACGGCUUGACAACCAACGGGGUUCUGGUGAUGCACCCAGCAGGUGGCUUCUCUGAGGACUCUGCCCCAGGUGUCUGGAGGGAGAUUUCUGUCUGCGGGAAUGUGUACACACUGCGGGAUAGCCGGUCAGCUCAGCAGCGGGGGAAGCUGGUGGAAAACGAGUCCAACGUCCUGCAAGACGGUUCGCUCAUCGACCUGUGUGGGGCCACACUGUUGUGGCGCACUCCGGCAGGGUUGCUGAGGGCACCCACACUGAAACAACUGGAGGCCCAGCGACAGGAGGCCAACGCAGCACGGCCCCAGUGUCCUGUGGGCCUCAGCACCUUGGCUUUCCCCAGCCCAGCCCGUGGCCGCACAGCACCCGACAAGCAGCAACCCUGGGUCUACGUCCGUUGUGGUCAUGUCCAUGGCUAUCACGGCUGGGGCUGCCGGAGGGAGCGAGGCCCCCAGGAGCGAGAGUGUCCUCUCUGCCGCCUUGUGGGACCCUAUGUGCCCCUGUGGCUCGGCCAGGAGGCCGGUCUCUGCCUGGACCCUGGGCCACCCAGCCAUGCUUUCGCACCCUGUGGCCACGUCUGUUCUGAGAAGACUGCCCGCUACUGGGCUCAGACACCGCUGCCGCACGGCACCCAUGCUUUCCAUGCCGCCUGCCCCUUCUGUGGAGCUUGGCUCACCGGUGAGCUUGGCUGUGUCCGCCUCAUUUUCCAGGGGCCACUGGACUAGGCUCUCCAGGGCCCUUGCUGCCAUGCUCGCCUGCCCACCCAGGUCCCCUAUCUCCUGCUGUUCAGAGGGAGCUGUGGUCCUCCCCUCGACUCUAGCCUUUCAGAGGGUCCCUGAGAUCUCUAUCCCAGUCAUACUGAUAGGGACUUUAGCACCAGCUCUGCCCCAGGCUGAUGGAGGGCACCCCUGCCUCUGCCCUCCCUGGAGUACCCUACAUCAUGCCGCAUACACUGUGCCCCUGGGGGAAUGAAGGGGCCAUGGCCCCUGACUUCCAGCUUAGAUUGGUUGUGCCCCGAACCUGCCAAUCCAGGAACUAUUCCUCCCUCCUGCUGCUGCCGUGGGUUACUCUAUAAACCUUGCUGCUCAGCUGCCCUUAAAGAUCCAGUGUCCCGAAUGCAUGCAAUACCUCCAGCCCCUGGUGAGUAAGUAACAAGUGGGCAGGCAGGCUGAGAUCAGCAUUUGCCGACUUCCAGUACAGGCAGGAUAGUGACAAGUGGGGGACACAUGGACAGUCAGGCUCUCUACCUAGUGGAGGGUGGACAGCUUCAUGUUUGUUUGGAUCAGGGAAUUCUAGGGCUUGGGAGCAGCCCUUGCUGGGUUUGGGAAAGUAAGAGGCUUCAUGGAGGUGGGUAAAACAGGAGCUCAGCCUCCAUGGUGGCUUGGAAUCUUCCAGGCCCACAAGGUAAGGGGACUGUACCCUCUUUGCAUAGGUUCAGGGUAAAGAAGCAGGAGAAACAGAUUAAGGGGAGCAUGGGGUGUGGCUAUGCCUGAUGGUGAAUUCAGAUCCUCAUUUAUGGACAGUCAGGAGUCAAAGCUGGGGGAGGGCUCAUUGCUCCCCAGCACCAUCUCUGAAACAAGGGCUACCAUUGCUGAAUAUUCACUGUGUGCCCCACCCAUCCUAACAGUAACCACAGCUGCAUCCACUAGGUACCAAGACUCUGCUUCUCCAAGAUUUUGUUAUUUAAUCCUCACAGUGAUCUAGGAAAGGAGAUGGGCCCUACUAGGGUUCUCAGAGAGAGAAUUAUAAUCUAGCUGGAAGCUGUUAUUGGAAGCCACAACCGCCCCUCUCAGGUCAUACUAAGACUGGGCAAGACUGAGACAAGGCAGGUUAGGGUCUGUUUCCUGGGAAAGCUGAGGAACAGAGAGGUAGCUAUCCACUUGCUCAGUGACUAGUGCCACAAGAGCCCCAGCAGUGAGCAAGGGUUUCCAGACAGAGGAGGGACCUAGGGGACCAUUGCCAGAUGCGGAUUACCACAUACCUGCUGGGGUUGCUCUGCGAACAGAGCCACAUCUUGAAUGGCAGACACUGUAGAGAUAGGAUGGAGUAUGGAGGGCAACCUGGGUGAGGGCACUAACAUAGGACGGCAGAGAGAAGGCUCCAUAGCCAACAUGCAGGUCAGCAGAAAAAGGAGAAGGGAUCAGGGUUAGGCUGGGGCCUGGUGGGCCUUGGUGACUAUGAGAGUCAAGUUAGUGACGAGUCCCUCCCUGUGCCUCCGGUGUGAGUCAGGCUUCCUUUGAGCCAAGGGCUAAGAUGGGGUUUUCCCCUGACCAUACAAGGAAAAAUAAACCAGGAAAUUAGGCAGACAAAAUAUAGAGGGGGGAAAAAAGGAAGUGGCUCUGAGAGUAGGACUAAUGUUGUCCUCAGAGCAAGACAGAAGCCAGAGCCUCAGGGAGACGAAGAUUCCACAGGAACGUGCCCAAGGCCACACAGCUGCUGGUUGAGGCCAUAAAGACCAGAUGGGCUGUUGACAAGCAGCCACCACAGAGUAGUCUAAGUGUCAUAUAGCUACAGUGCGAAGCAUGGCAGAACUGUUGGGAACAUUUCAACCCUCCCACAAAACACUAGAAAUGAAACUCUACCCAGUUCUUGCUAAAGACUGUGUUGGGGUCCAGGCAGGGGAACACAUUCUGAUCUCAUUUCUGGUGUUGAAUCUCAGACUCUGGGGGGAAAGAACAAACAAAACAUACUUAACUGGUCUCUAGGAUGAACUCAGGCUGGUUGUAGAAGCCAGUGCUCGGAGCUUCAGAUUCCAAGAAUGUUCAAUGGAAUGACAGUCUCUAAAGCCAAGCAUGGUGGCAUGUGCUUGUAAUUCCAGCAUUUUGGUAGGCUUUAAGGAAGGACUGUGUGUUCAAUUCUAGCCUGGGCUACAUGGCAAGACCCUGUCUCAAACAAACAAAAACAAAAAGUAUUUUCAUUACCAGAUGGACGUAAACAUACAGAAAAGCCAUGACCCAUUAAAAUAGAAUGUGGGGUGUGUCUGGUGUGUGUGUGUGUGUGUGUGUGUGUGUGUGUGUGU